GCGCUGCUCUCUGUUAGGCUGUUGGUGCCGUCGCCCCACCCAAGACCUUUGGGACGAAGAAACACCCGCGAGCCCCCAAGGAAAAGGCCCCGAGCGGCGCGCCCGGAGGCGUCACGGCCCAGCCGUUCGCUCUCGAGAAGCCGCCAGAGCCGGGCCCGGGGGCGGGGUGGGGUGGGUGCAGCUGGGCUCGCCCGAGAGGCCCAGCCUCGAGCCAGGCCCCGACCCGCCCUGGCCGCCUCCCGGCCCGCCGCGGAGGAACCCCGAGAAGCGAGAGGGGUCAAGCCGCGUGGCGUGCCCAGCCCGGGGCCGGGUCAUCCAAUAGACGAACUUGGCCGCGGCCUGGGGAAGAACCGGACGGGGGAUGAGGGUGUCCAUGCGGACCUCGGCCUGGCCUCGUCCCCGGGCCACGGACAGGUCCCCACAACUCCUCUUGUCCUCGGCGGCUGGAGAUCAAACGGCUGACAAGGCAGCUGUGUCCUUCCCUGUCAGACGGGCGAUUUCAAGUCCUGCCCUGGGAGGAGGAGACUGGGGGCGGGGGGCGUUCCUUCCAGGUGGCGGUAAUCGUCAGCGGGUGAGGAGACUGUAGCAGUCGGGGGUCACCCGCACGGCUGUGUUCUGAGACCCGGGCACACCUCCCCCUGGGGUCAGCGCGUUCCAGUCCCGCCCCCACGUGGAGCGCCGCUGCCCCUUACCCCCACGCUUUCCACAGACCCUGGCUUUGGGGGUUGGGGCCCGUGUUUGACCCCGAGAAGUGGAUGGGGUAAGGUGGAGGGAGCGCAGAUUCGGGUGAACUUUCCUUCUGGAACGGGACUCAAACAAGGUCUCACUUGCCUGUUCUCCCAAACGUGCUCUUAAUUCUCUUCUCUGAGUACCUUUUACUUUGUCCACUUCGCUCUCUCCCAGAGUUUGUGAUAUCAGGAUUUAUAUGGGGACAUUUUCUGGAAGUUUAACCCCGACCCCCCCAAUUAGACAAAAGUAAAAAGGAUCAAGCUACUUUUCCAGGGAGGUAAGGCCACUGGUUACCUCCAGUCACCAAGCCGACCCCGGCUCUCCUCUUCCGCUACCCCCUACCCAAGUCCACAAGAGCUUUCGGUUGGGUGGGUGGGGACUUGAGUUGAUUCAACUUACUUCCACACACGCAGCUCUCCGCCCCCUUCUGAGGGGGUCCUGCUCCCAGAAGGGAAGGAGGGAUAAAAAGGAUUUACUUUUAUUUAAAAAUACCCUGCCCACCGUUUCCUUUCCUCCCCUCCACCCCCCCUUUGCGCUGCCAGUGCACGGGGAGAAGAGCGCACAAAAACGCUGUUUGCACGUGUGGCCGGCCUGGACUGCGGGUGUGCGCACGGGCAAGUGUGUGUGCAUGUGUGUGCGCGCGCGCGAGUGUGUCUCUGUGGGUGUGUGUGCUUUCUUGUUCUCUUACAGGGUACAAUGUUAAAAAGCCACCGCUAGUCGCCCCCAGUGCUCCGACUCUCUGGGUCUUUUUGUCUCUAGUGCAGAUUAAACGUCACGUCCGCACUUGAACUUGAAUUUUAUCCCAUUGUACAGAGGCAGCCCCAGCCAUAGAGAGACCGAGAGCUCCCAGAGAACCCGGACUCCGCCAUCUUCACGUUGCAAUCUAUAGCUCCCAGUCCGCGCCCGCACCGACCCAGGCGCCCUGGGCGAGCCGCCCCUCAGCCCAGCUCCCCCCGGGCCCGCGGCGCCAGGGGAGCGCUGGGGAGCGCUCGCGGGGACCCGGCAGCCUCUCCGGCCGGCGCCAGCCUGCCAGGUGGACUGGGAAGGAACCGCUCCUGGAGUCCCCCCAGAGCCUCGGAAGGGUCAGUCUCCGAUAAAAAAAACAGGCGGCCGCAGAAAACCCAGAAACAACCGCACCGCGGCAGUUUUGCAUCGCUUUGGGUUUUUUGAGGGGGCGGGGUGAGGGGGUACAAGUCCCCAAGUUUCCUUCGCUUUUUUUCUUUUCUUUUUCUUUUAUUUUUAUUUGUUUGCGUUUUUUUCCCCCUCCUCCGCCCCCCCCUCCUGGUAGAAGUGCGCCUUCCACCUACCAGACCCUGAAAGAAAGUGUCAGGAGCCGGUGCAAAAUCCGGUUUAAGUUCCAGAAGGCAUUUGGAAGUCCAGGAGGCCAAGCAGUUUGAAGAAGUGUGAGCGAUUUUUUUUUCCGUCAAAAGAACCUAUUUUUAAAGAAACCAGCCAGUCCGCGGCAAGCAGGAGGAGAUUUUUUUUUUUUGCCUCUAUUUUAGAUCGAGAGGUUUUCCUUUUCUUUUCCUUUUCUUUUUGCAAACAAAACAGAAAACAGCAUAGAAGAAAGAGCAAAAUAAAGAAGAAGAAGAGGAGGAAGACAGGGCAAGAGAGGAAGGGGGAAAAAAACAAAACAAAACACCAACCCGGGCAGAGGAGGAGGCGCGGCGGCGGCGGCGGCGGCGGCGGCGGCGGCGGCGGCAGCGGCAGCGGCAGCGGCGCGGCGGCGGCUCGGACCCCCUCCCCCGGCUCCCCCAGCAGUGCAGCUCUCCGGGCGAUGCCAGAAUAGAUGCCGGGGCAAUGUCCCGCCGCAAACAGGGCAACCCGCAGCACUUGUCCCAGAGGGAGCUCAUCACCCCAGAGGCUGACCAUGUGGAGGCCGCCAUCCUUGAAGAAGAUGAGGGUCUGGAGAUAGAGGAGCCCACCGGCCUGGGGCUGAUGGUGGGCGGCUCCGACCCUGACCUGCUCACCUGUGGACAGUGUCAGAUGAACUUCCCUCUGGGGGACAUCCUGGUUUUUAUAGAGCACAAGAAGAAGCAGUGUGGCGGCAGUCUGGGUACCUGCUAUGACAAAGGCCUGGACAAGGGCAGCCCGCCGCCCUCCUCGCGCUCUGAGCUCAGGAAAGUGUCCGAGCCGGUGGAGAUCGGGAUCCAGGUCACCCCCGACGAAGACGACCACCUGCUCUCGCCCACGAAAGGCAUCUGCCCCAAGCAGGAGAACAUUGCAGGGCCGUGCAGGCCUGCCCAGCUGCCAGCGAUGGCCCCCAUAGCUGCCUCCUCCUCCCACCCUCCCACAUCCGUGAUCACUUCACCUCUGCGCGCCCUGGGCGCUCUGCCGCCCUGCUUCCCCCUGCCGUGCUGCAGCGCGCGCCCUGUCUCGGGUGACGGGACUCAGGGUGAGGGUCAGACGGAGGCUCCCUUUGGAUGCCAGUGUCAGUUGUCAGGUAAAGACGAGCCUUCCAGCUACAUUUGCACAACAUGCAAGCAGCCCUUCAACAGCGCGUGGUUCCUGCUGCAGCACGCGCAGAACACGCACGGCUUCCGCAUCUACCUGGAGCCGGGGCCGGCCAGCAGCUCGCUCACGCCGCGGCUCACCAUUCCGCCGCCGCUCGGGCCCGAGGCCGUGGCCCAGUCCCCGCUCAUGAAUUUUCUGGGCGACAGCAACCCCUUCAACCUGCUGCGCAUGACGGGCCCUAUCCUGCGGGACCACCCGGGCUUCGGCGAGGGUCGCCUGCCCGGCACGCCGCCUCUCUUCAGCCCGCCGCCGCGCCACCACCUGGACCCGCACCGCCUCAGUGCCGAGGAGAUGGGGCUCGUCGCCCAGCACCCCAGUGCCUUUGACCGAGUCAUGCGCCUGAACCCUAUGGCCAUCGACUCGCCCGCCAUGGACUUCUCGAGGCGGCUCCGCGAGCUGGCGGGCAACAGCUCCACGCCGCCGCCCGUGUCGCCAGGCCGCGGUAACCCUAUGCACCGGCUCCUGAACCCCUUCCAGCCCAGCCCCAAGUCCCCGUUCCUGAGCACGCCGCCGCUGCCGCCCAUGCCCCCCGGCGGCACGCCGCCGCCCCAGCCGCCCGCCAAGAGCAAGUCCUGCGAGUUCUGCGGCAAGACCUUCAAGUUCCAGAGCAAUCUCAUCGUGCACCGGCGCAGCCACACGGGCGAGAAGCCCUACAAGUGCCAGCUGUGCGACCACGCGUGCUCGCAGGCGAGCAAGCUCAAGCGCCACAUGAAGACGCACAUGCACAAGGCCGGCUCCCUGGCGGGCCGCUCCGACGACGGGCUCUCGGCCGCCAGCUCCCCGGAGCCCGGCACCAGCGAGCUGGCCGGCAACGGCCUCAAGGCGGCCGACGGCGACUUCCGCCACCACGAGAGCGACCCGUCGCUGGGCCACGAGCCCGACGAGGACGAGGAGGAGGAGGAGGAGGAGGAGGAGGAGCUGCUGCUGGAGAACGAGAGCCGGCCCGAGUCGAGCUUCAGCAUGGACUCGGAGCUGGGCCGCAACCGCGAGAACGGCGGCGGCGGCGGCGGCGGCGGGGUGGCCGGGGUCCCGGGCGCGGGGGGCGGCGUGGGCGGCGCGGCCAAGGCGCUGGCCGACGAGAAGGCGCUGGUGCUGGGCAAGGUCAUGGAGAACGUGGGCCUGGGCGCGCUGCCCCCGUACGGCGAGCUGCUGGCCGACAAGCAGAAGCGCGGCGCCUUCCUGAAGCGCGCGGCGGGCGGCGACGCGGGCGACGACGACGACGACGCGGGCGGCUGCGGCGACGCGGGCCCGGGCGGCGCGGUCAACGGGCGCGGCGGCGGCGGCUUCGCCCCGGGCGCCGAGCCCUUCCCGGGCCUCUUCCCGCGCAAGCCGGCGCCGCUGCCCAGCCCCGGGCUCAACAGCGCCGCCAAGCGCAUCAAGGUGGAGAAGGACCUGGAGCUGCCGCCCGCCGCGCUCAUCCCGUCCGAGAACGUGUACUCGCAGUGGCUCGUGGGCUACGCGGCGUCGCGGCACUUCAUGAAGGACCCCUUCCUGGGCUUCACGGACGCGCGCCAGUCGCCCUUCGCCACGUCGUCCGAGCACUCGUCGGAGAACGGCAGCCUGCGCUUCUCCACGCCGCCCGGGGACCUGCUGGACGGCGGGCUGUCGGGCCGCAGCGGCACGGCCAGCGGGGGCAGCACGCCGCACCUGGGCGGCCCGGGCCCCGGGCGGCCGAGCUCCAAGGAGGGCCGGCGCAGCGACACGUGCGAGUACUGCGGGAAGGUGUUCAAGAACUGCAGCAAUCUGACGGUGCACCGGCGGAGCCACACCGGCGAGCGGCCUUACAAGUGCGAGCUGUGCAACUACGCGUGCGCGCAGAGCAGCAAGCUCACGCGCCACAUGAAGACGCACGGGCAGAUCGGCAAGGAGGUGUACCGCUGCGACAUCUGCCAGAUGCCCUUCAGCGUCUACAGCACCCUGGAGAAACACAUGAAAAAGUGGCACGGCGAGCACUUGCUGACUAACGACGUCAAAAUCGAGCAGGCCGAGAGGAGCUGAGCGCGGCGGCCAGGGCGCCCGCACCUGUACAGUGGAACCGUUGCCAACCGAGAGAAUGCUGACCUGACACUUGCCUCCGUGUCACCGCCACUUAGCACCCCGCGUGUCCCCGGGGGCCCAGGGGAGGCGGCCCUCCAACCUAACCUGUGUCUGCGAAGUCCUAUGGAAACCCGAGGGUUGAUUAAGGCAGUAAAAGUUGUGGAGCCUUUUAACUGUGCAAUAAUUUCUGUAUUUAUUGGGUUUUGUAAUUUUUUUGGCAUGUGCAGGUAACUUUUUAUUAUUAUUCUUUCUGUUUAAAUUCCUUUAAAGAGAUUUUGUUGGGUAUCCAUCCCUUCAUUUUUUUUUUUUUUCCUUCCACCCAGUAGUAGCCUGAGUGAUGACUCCCGAGCAAUGUAGAAGGGAAGCUUAUCUUUUAAAUUAUAAUUUGGGGGGGAGGGCGCUGCUUUUUUGAAAUUUAAGCUAAGCAUGUGUAAUUUCUUGUGAAGAAGCCAACACUUAAAUGACUUUUAAAGUUGUUUACUUUUUUAUUCCUUCUUUUUUACUUCUUAUUUUUUGUCCUGAAAUGAAAAGUGGCAUGCUUUCUGUCUUUCUUUCUUUUUUUUUUUUCAUUGUGAGGGGGUGGAUGUACAGCGGAUAACAAUCUUUAAAGUCAUAGCACUUUGUUUCAGAAUUGGAGUGGAGAUGUAGCACUGAUGAUGUCCUGAGUAACAGAGGCCUUUUCUGUGUUGAUUUAAACCUUUACAUUAUAUGAGGAACACUUGCAGUGGUGGGGGCAGGGCCCCCCAAAACUCAGCACUGCCGGAGGAACAGGUGUUUUUGAGGGCUGUGGGAGAAACGGCCCAAGAGCAUUCUAAAGAUGCAUUCCCGGCAGGUACCACCCUUUCCUUGGAGGGUUGGUCCCCUGGGAUGCCAUCUUUGCUGUUUGCUGUAGAUUAGGCUGAAAAUGAAAUGGGCUGAGGGUCCUUUUUUGGUUAUAGGGUGGUGGCCUGCAGUGACACAGAAAAGACAAAACCUGCAGUGUUUUUUCAGGCUUCUUCUGGCUCGACAACUUCUCUCUCUCUCUCUCUCCCUCUCAGUACUCCCACCAUAAAAAUCCCAAGGCAUAUGUUGCUACAAGUGAUAAUUGAUCGUAUCUCAAGCAGACAAGCUCCUUGAUGGAAAACUGAGGGAAGUUAGUGUUCUCUCACUGAAUGCACACUGAUGACAUUGGAGGGGCAGGGGAGAGAAAAUCUUGCAAAUUUCUGUUCCCUUUUACUGGAAAAGCAGGGGAAGGGUCCCAUCCCAAGGUGCCCAGCACUACUUCCCUUUUUUUUUUUUUCCUACCCCAUUAGGUUGGAAGGUACUAAACAUUGGACUGAUAAGAUUAGACAUUUGAAUUCUUUUGACCCGCACUUUAAAGCUUUUGUUUGCAUUUAAAUGAAAUGGCUUCUAAACAAGAAAUUGCAGCAUAUUCUUCUCUUUGGCCCAGAGGUGGGUUAAACUGUAAGGGACGGCUGAGAUUGAGUGUCAGUGUUGCUAAGCGUGGCAUUCACAAUACUGGCACUAUAAAGAACAAAAUAAAAUAAUAAUUUAUUGGACAGUUUUUCUACUGCCAUUCGAUUUGAUGUGAGUGCCUUGAAAACUGAUCUUCCUAUUUGAGUCUCUUGAGACAAAUGCAAAACUUUUUUUUUUUUUUGAAAUGAAAAGACUUUUUAAAAAAGUAAAACAAGAAAAGUACAUCCUUUAGACACAAACAAAGCCACAUUUACUUUAAAUAAAUUUUUAAAAAUCCUGGUUGAAGAUAGAGGACAUGAAAAUGCCAUAAGACCCAAUCAAAUGAAGAAAUAAAUCCAGCACAACCGUGGACAUCCAUUAGCUGAAUUAUCCUCAACCCAUUUUGUUUUUGGGACAACGCUGCUUAGAUUUGGAGUGGAGGUGAUUUACUGCUGAAUUUAAACUCAAGUGACAUAAGUUACAAGUUGAUAUCGUUGAAUGGAAAACAAAACAAAAACAAUUCAGGAACAACGGCUAAUUUUUUUCUAAAGUUAAAUCUAGUGCACUCUGUCUUAAAAAUACGUUUACAGUAUUGGAUACAUACAAGGGUAAAAAAAAUGUGUGUAUGUGUGUUGGAGCGAUCAUUUUUUUCAAAGUUUGCUUAAUAGGUUAUAAAAAAUGCCACAGUGGCUGCGUGUAUAUUGUUUUCUUUUGGUGACGGGGUUUUAGUAUAUAUUAUAUAUAUUAAAAUUUCUUGAUUACUGUAAAAGUGGACCAGUAUUUGUAAUAAUUGAGGAUGCCUGGGCAUUUUACAAAACAAGAAGAAAAAAAAAACCCUUUUCUUUUCCUUGAAAAUGUUGCAGUAAAAUUUAAAUGGUGGGUCUAUAAAUUUGUUCUUGUCACAGUAACUGUAAAGUCGGAGUUUUAGUAAAUUUUUUUCUGCCUUGGGUGUUGAAUUUUUAUUUCAAAAAAAUGUAUAGAAACUUGUAUUUGGGGAUUAAAAGGGGAUUGCUACACCAUGUAGAAAAAGUAUGUAGGAAAAAAGUGCUUAAUAUUGUUAUUGCUUUGCAGAAAAAAAAAAAUCACAUUUCUGACCUGUACUUAUUUUUCUCUUCCCACCUCCCUCUGGAAUGGAUAUAUUGGUUGGUUCAUAUGAUGUAGGCACUUGCUGUAUUUUUACUGGAGCUUGUAAUUUUUUAACUGUAAGCUUGUCCUUUUAAAGGGAUUUAAUGUACCUUUUUGUUAGUGAAUUUGGAAAUAAAAAGAAAAAAAAAACAAAAACAAACAGGCUGCCAUAAUAUAUUUUUUUAAUUUGGCAGGAUAAAAUAUUGCAAAAAAAAUUUGUAUGUUCAGUCCUAUUGUACAGGAGAAAAAGGGUUGUUUGACAACCUUUGAGGAAAAGAAACAAGAGAAAGUAGUUAAAUGCUUUGGUUCACAGAUCCUUUUAGUUGUAUAUAUUUUUGUCGGAAUUGGCCUCUACAAAGGACUGUUGGAGCGGGGCUUCACUCUGAACGCCUCGAGCCUCGCACCCAGGCUCCCUGGUGUGGCCACAGCAGACCGGAUGAGAAAUCCUUUCUUUGGGUUGAGUGGAAAAAUCCGUUUUUGUAAAGAUGUUGGGAACAUUUCACAGAGUCCUCUCUCUCCAAGAGGCCGUCUGUAAGAUGUAGAUGUAGAGGAGAGAGAGCAGAGCGCGUCUUGCUCCUCUGUUGUCGCCACUGUGGCCGUCCCCACCGCCAUGUCUCCUGCCCUUAAGAGCAGAAAGAAAUGCAAACCGAGCUUUUCUCAGUCCUUGCGAAAACAUGCAACAAAAAAACGUAAUAAAAGGAGCUGGCGUGUCAGCGAGGCCCAGGUGACGUGAGCCGCCGCUGAGACCAGCGCAAAUCGGAGUUCAGGAAGGAGUCCCAUCAACCAGGACCUUUCAUUCCGCGGAGAGUGUUGGCCUGUUGUCUUUCUUACCUGCUCUGCUGCUUUUCUCUCCGAAACCCACAUUCCGUCAGUUUCCGAAUGCCUAGGGCCUGGGAUGAAUUCGGUGCCUUUCCAUAGCCUCCUCCUUCUCUGUGUUUCUUCUCCAUCUUCCAGCCUCUGUCAGCUCUUUAUUUGUCCUUUGCAGUUGUAUUUCGUUUCUUUCCUUUCUCCCUUUCUGUCCUUCCCCUCUUUUUUUUUUUUUUUUUUUUUGUAAAGCCAAGUAGCUUUAAGAUAAUAAAGUGGUGGUUUUUGGAUGAGGGAAUAAUACAUUAAAAAAAAAAAAACCUAUAUCAGGAAGCCAUUUUUUAUUUCAGGAAUUAGAAGAAAAACCAUUAUUCCAGGUUAUGAAAGUAUAACCAAGCAUCCUUUUGGGCAAUUCUUUACCAAAUGCAGAAAUCUUUUUGGGGGGGAACUUUUCUGUUUUAUAUGCUCUUUCCUCCUUGCCACCUACCUUUGCAAAGUGAAAGGAAAGGGGGCGGAGAGGGAGAUAAGCUGAGAUGUCAGUUACCUUGACCUGAAGACCUAGGGGUUGCCCCUUCCUUCCCAUGCUCUGUCAAGUACUUGGGGGUCUCCAAGGCGAUCCCCGUGUAGUUAGUGACAGAAGCUAGCCAGCUCUCACCAGCUUUCGCAAAGUCACCAGAUUGCCAGGACUAAGCCAUCCCAAAGCACAAAGAUUGUGUCUCUGUCAAUUGCAGAGAAAAGAGCGUUUUGUCUCCGGUAAAAAAAAGCCACGGCCGGAGCAGAUGACCCAGAGAGGGGCCCCCGAGCCUGGUGGCCCAGCCGACCUCAGGCCGGUUUCCACACUGCCACAACUUUGUUCAAAGUUGCCCCCAAUUGGAACCUGCCACUUGCCCUUAGAGGGUCUUCUGUGGGGAGAGGAGAAGGCUGGAGUCCUUUAAGCAAAAUGUGAGAAGUAAGGAAAUCAGCCUUUCAUCCCGGUCCGAAGUGACAGUCAGUUGAAGGUUUUGUUGAACACAGGCAAACCCAUGAUUUUGGUGCUCUUUGUAUCUCAGCCCUGCAAAGCAAAGUUACAUUGAUUUAAGUUGUUUGCAUUUGUACUGGCAAGGCGAAAUAUUUUUAUUACCUUUUCUAUUACUUAUUGUAUGAGCUUUUGUUGUUUACUUGGAGGUUCUGUCUUUUACUACAAGUUGGAACUAUUUAUUAUUGCUUGGUAUUUGUGCUCUGUUUAAGAAACGGGCACUUUUUUUUUUUAUUAUGGAUAAAAUGUUGAGAUGACAGGAGGUCAUUUCAAUAUGGCUUAGUAAAAUAUUUAUUGUUCCUUUUAUUCUCUGUACAAGAUUUUGGGCCUUUUUUCCCUUAAUGUCACAAUGUUGAGUUCAGCAUGUGUCUGCCAUUUCAUUUGUACGCUUGUUCAAAACCAAGUUUGUUCUGGUUUCAAGUUAUAAAAAUAAAUUGGACAUUUAACUUGA